AGGAAACCCGUUAUCGCUUCGUGCGGCAGGUUUCUGUGUACUGAAGUGAGUGUUAACUACUUUGGAACUCAACGUGAUUCCGUCCGAUAAAAUUUUCAAUUCAAGCGACAAAAGUUUGUCAAGCCGGCGAAACAAGCAUUUGGUCUUCUAUUUCUAUUGUGUGGGGAACAGAGCGAUUGAAGCGGUCACGAAUUUCAAGUGAUGAGCUGUUCUUAACGACAAUCCUUCGAGAAAACAGUUUGUAAUCGCUAAAGGUGAAGGUUCCAGGAUGAGAUCUCUCUUUAAACUCGUGGUACUGCCGAUUCUUUUAUUCUGUUGUUCUUUAAAUGUUUGUCUUGGAGUUAUCGAGGAAAGUUUGGUGGAAAACAAUACACAAACUUUAGGAGACGAUGGAUUGCGGCAAGGUCGUCCCAGUUCAGUCGUGGUUGAAACUGUUCCCACCUAUUCGUGGGAAUUUCGUUCAAAAAAUGAAAAAGACAUUAAAUUUACGAGUGGUGGACUAUAUCAAGCUACGAUUUCCGAGACAAAAAAGUCUCAAAUAAUAUGUGACUUGAAAAUGGGUGUUUAUGCUCACGACGAGGACACUGAGGUCGAAUUCAACAUAACGAAAGGGAACGCUGAGGGGACAUUCACUGUUAGUUCCAAGCGCGUGGAAGACUUCAUUUUUAUGGAAAUUACAGCUGAAAGAAAACUAAAUCGCGAAGAAGAUGGAUAUUUCUUGCUCACUGUGGCAGCCCAGCAUCCAGAAACAAAUGAAGUACUAGAUAUGACUGAGGUGAAUGUGAACGUCCUAGACUUGAAUGAUAAUUUACCAAAAUUUUCACGUCUGUUUCAACAUGUGACUGUAGAGGAGGACAUUCCUCUACACACUUCAGUUGCUCAAGUGGUUGCCAACGAUGAAGACAUGGGCCCAAAUGGAUUGCUCUAUUUCUCUUUUAUUUCAAAAUCCCCCUUCUUCGCUAUUGACCCAAUCUCUGGGGUUGUAACUGUAACGAGAUCUUUGGCCGGUAAACGGAGAAGAAGCUAUGGAUUACUAGUGACCGCACGAGAUCGGACUUUGCCGUCUUCAAAAGCGCAGUCAGCGAAAGCAAAGCACAAUAUCACCGUUACAGUAAGGCCCGUGAACAGGUUUUCGCCAGAGAUCAAGGUGAAGUUUCAGCUUGAAAAGAUCAUCGAAGGAAACAGCGAUAUUCGUUUUGCGGUAAUUCAGGUUUCCGAUCAAGAUAACGCAAACAGUGGUGAAAUUAACAAAGUGAGAAUCACUUCAGGAAACAUGGAGGGACAUUUUAAAAUCAGACGCUCACAGGAUGCUUCGGACGAGUUUUGGAUCGAUGUUGUGAAGCCACUAGAUCGUGAAAAAGCACCAAACGGCUAUAAACUGGUUAUUACAGCCUUUGACAAAGGCUCCCCGCCGCGCAGUGGAACCGUUACGUUACGUGUUUUGAUUGAAGAUGUUAAUGACAUCAAACCGGCUUUCAAUCAAAGUCUCUAUGAGGCCACCAUUUCCGAAUUAGCGCCGUUGUACACCUCCGUCGUUCGUGUAUUUGUAGACGAUGGUGAUUUAGGCAACAAUGCAAAAGUUUAUUACACUCUGCGUGGGGGACACAGUAAAAACUUUCGUAUAGACCGCGAAACAGGGCUCAUAACUACCACAGGGCACUUAGACUAUGAAACAAAACCAGUAUUAGAAUUUGACGUGUGGUGUUUUCAGUCCGAUUCGUCGAAGCAAAUGGCCAGUGCAAGAGUCUCUGUUAAUAUUGAGGAUGCAAAUGACAAUGAUCCAGAGUUUGAAAAUCCAUCAUAUUCACUGGAAUUUUUUGAAGAUUUGAGACCUGGAACAAAAUUACCACUAACAGUCAGGGCAAAUGAUCCAGACAGUGGAAGUAAUGGAAAGAUUCAAUACUCAAUCAUAAAUAGGGAGUCACUUCCAUUUGCCAUUGAUUCAGAGACUGGAGAUAUUAUCUCGUUAACAUCGCUGGACAGGGAUGCAGGAGUACCAGAGUUUAUUACCCUUAAGAUACGGGCAUCAGACUUUGGAGAGCCAUUCAGAAGGGAGUCAGAGACUUAUGUACACCUCCACAUCAAGGCCAAUAAUGACAAUCAACCCGUGUUUGAAUAUUUCCGGUGUACUAUAAAGAUCAGUGAAGAUGCACCAGUAGGAACCAUCUUAACCAGUCUUACAGCUGUUGACAUUGAUGUUGGUGAAUCUGAAGGACUCGUCUAUGGGAUAGACCCAGUUGGAAACACAGAUAAAACUUUUAGCAUCAAUCCAAGUACUGGACAGUUAAAAACUGCAAAAUCUCUUCAAGGUGGUGAAAAAGAGUUUUCUCUAUAUGUCACAGUGACUGAUUCUGCACUGAAGUCAAAGCAUCCGGUAACUCUUAAAAUCAUGGUUGUUUCACCCCAGACUGCUACUGAAUUUCUAAACUAUGUUGAGACAAGAUGCAGUGUUUUUCCUCAUUACCUCAAAGCUGUGGAACAUGUGAGGAAACAAGGAAACUUCAAACCAUCUUAUCCUUCAAUUGAAAAAGUACCUGCCAAGCCAACCAAUAGAAACUAUCCAAGAUUUCAUUUGCAUAAGUCUGUCAUUGAAGUCAGUGAAGAUGUAGCUGUGAAAUCAACCAUCAUGAAAUUCUCUGCUACUGAUGAUGAUCAGGGAUACAAUGGUAUGAUUUUGUACUCCAUAGUGAGUGGUAACAUUGGCAGUGCAUUCAAUAUAGACAUGCAUACUGGAGAGCUUUACAUAGCUUCUUUGCUAGACAGAGAAACCAUGGGAAAGUUCAGAUUGAACAUAUCUGCCAAUGAUUGUGGCUCUCCUGGUAAAACAGCUCAUACAGUCAUCUAUAUAAAUGUUAUUGAUGUGAAUGACAAUGCCCCUGUCUUUGAACGGGACAUUUAUGAAGUUAGUAAACCAGAGAACAUCACACGUGGACAGACAGUUGUUGUAGUGAAUGCAACAGACAUGGAUGAUGGUGAAAAUGGAAGAAUUCAUUUUAAAUUGUUGAAUGACUUUGGAGAGAAGUUCAGAAUAGAUUCCAGAACAGGUCGAUUGUCAGUUGCCUACGCACUUGAUUAUGAAGACCGCGCAAAGUACAGCAUAGAAGUACAAGCAUUUGACAACUCUCCAACAUCCCAGAGGAUGGUAUCUGCCAUGGUUAUUGUAAACCUGGUGGACAUAAAUGAUAAUGCACCUGCAAUAGUUCCAAGAACUUUCAAUGUUUCCAUUCCUGAAGACCUCCCACCAGAGAGUGUUGUGGCUGCAAUUUCUGCAGAAGAUCCAGACACAGGGUUAGGAGGAGAACUUGAAUUUUCUUUUGUGGACAACCUCAAAAGAUUCAAGAUUGAUUCUGGAAGUGGUGUGAUAAGAUUACGUCGCCAUGUGGAUUAUGAACAGGAAAAUGUGUAUAACUUGAAAGUCAAAAUCAGUGACAAAGGGACACCGCGCCUAUCAUCAUUUGCGAAUGUAAACAUUAACAUUCUUGAUGUAAAUGAAAACAAUAUUGCCCCAAUAUUUCCUGGGGUGAGUCUUUUAAGGGCAACUGUGUCUGAGAACAGCCCUGUUGGAACUUCUGUUCUGAAGGCAGAAGCCUUUGAUAGUGACUCAUGGUAUAUGAGCUAUUUUAUCAUUGAUGGAACAGGAGUUGAUAAGUUUGAAAUUGGCCGUGAAAAUGGCAUCAUCAGAACCACAAAAAUGCUUGAUUGUGAGGAAAGUGAUCAUUAUUGGCUGCACAUCCAGGUAAAAGACCGUGAAAUGUCUCCACUACACACCAAUAUUCCAAUGUUGAUUACUGUGCUGCCAGUCAACGAUGACCCCCCUUAUUUCAACCCUGCUAUUUAUUUUCCAUCUGUCAUUGAAAAUGCUGCACCAGGAGAAAGUGUUGUGACUGUGAAAGCUCAUAAUCCAAGUUCAGAUGGGUCUAACCUGCUUUAUUCUAUCAAAAGUGGGAAUGAGGCUGGUAGGUUUGCCAUUGAUAGGAAGAGUGGCCUCAUUACAACAACCACAUCUCUUGAUCGUGAAGAACAAGAUAAGUAUGAACUGGAAGUCAAGGUGUCUAAUGGUGACAACCCACCAAAAUCUGCAUAUAUUACUUUUCCAGUGACAGUUGCUGAUGCUAAUGACAAUGGUCCUUACUUCUUGAAAUCCUUCUAUGAUGUUUAUUUUAAGCAGCAGGAUGAUCCUUCAACUUCUGUUGAGAUCUUGAGAGUUGCAGCGGUGGACAAAGAUAUCAGCAGCAAUGCUGAUCUGACCUAUGGGUUUUUGUAUCCAUCAGAAAUAAGUCCUGGACUGUUGAAAAUUGAUCCAAAAACUGGUGUCAUCUCUGCCAAACUUUCCUGCCAAGGUGAGGAUUACCUUGAGUUUGAAGUCAAUGUUACAGAUGGUGGAGUACCCCCAAGAUCUGCAACAGUUCCUGUUUUCAUGGAGUACUGCAUGUCAAAGAACCCACCUAGUUCUAACCCACCCCGGUUCAGGCAAAAGGUCUACAAGAAGUCAUUUAAAGAAGAUGCUGAGGUUGGAUCUGUUGUGGAACUUGUUUCUGCCCAUGAUUCUGAUGGUGACUCUUUGACAUACUCUAUUAUCUCAGGAAACAUUGGAAACAAAUUCCUAAUUGACAAAGCUAGGGGUGAGGUAACCAUUGCCAACAAACUUGAUCAUGAAGAAGCCAGUUCUUAUACUUUGACAAUCCAGGCAUCUGAUGACUAUAACGCUAAAACAACAUCUUUGGAAAUUGAAGUUGAGGAUGUCAACGACAACUCACCAGUGCCCUUGAUGACAGAGUAUCAAGUUCAUAUUCCAGAAGAUGCCAAAAUUGGAUCAGUACUGACCAAAGUUGAAGCAACUGAUGGAGAUGGCGGAGCCAGUGGGUCUGUAAAGUAUGCCAUUGUGGGCUCAGUCAAACAAAAGUCCAUUUCAUUGUUCAUGAUCCAGAGCUUAACUGGCAACAUCAAGACAACAAAGCCUCUGGACUAUGAAGAUUUGAAGGAGCAUACUCUUAUAAUUGAAGCCACAGAUCAAGCAACUCCCAAGAGACAAAGUCUCUUUACCAUUGUGAUUAAAGUGGAUGAUGUGAAUGAUCACAAGCCCAUGUUUGUUAGAUCAGAGUUCAAAGCUGAAGUGAAUGUUGAUGCCUCCAUUGGCACUCCCAUUAUCAAAGUGUUUGCAACUGAUGAUGAUGAUGGUACAAAUGCAUUGCUUAAAUUUUCCAUCAAAGGUGGAAAUACAAAUGAUGCAUUUUACAUUGAUCAGAAUUCAGGAAUUAUACAAGUAGCGGCAAAAUUAAGUAGUGCUAUUGAUGAAUACAGUCUUCAAGUGCAGGUGUCAGACAGUGGAAUCCCAACUCAAACAGCUGAAGUUGAAGUGAAGAUUUUGGUAAGAGGCAUUAACCAGCCUGUUGAAUUCGAGCGACCUUUAUACCAAGCUUCAAUCAAAGAAAAUCAUCGUCCUGGUCAUCCAAUUAUUAACGUGAUAUUCAAUGGCAGCUUGCCGUCUUAUGAGUUUGUGCCACAGGAUAACGCCUGCUGGAAAGACUUUGAUAUCAACCGGAAAACUGGGCUAGUUACUAACAAGAAACCUUUCGAUGCUGAAGAGCUUACUGAGUGCAAGUUCUUAAUUCGUGGAACCAGUAGCGAUGGAAAUGGACAGACUCAACUGAUUGUUAAAAUAAUCGACGAGAACGAUCAUGCGCCGGCAUUUAGCCAACUGCUCUACCUGGGACACAUCAAGGAAGGCUUACCUGAAGACUCGCCUGUAAUUGGUGGAGAUGGGAAAGCACUUGCCAUUCAAGCCAGUGAUGCCGACGUCAGCGGUAGUGAUUUGAUGUACGAAGUUGUUGGAUGUUCGAUGUUCACGAUUGACUCACAAUCUGGAGAACUGAUGACAGCAGAGAUGCUGGAUUUUGAGUCCGUGUCGUCGUACAGGUUCAAGAUCAAAGUUUCUGAUGAUGGAACACCCAGUUUUUCUGCUUUUACAGAUGUCGUUGUCUCGGUGCACGAUGUCAACGACCUUCCUCCAAUCUUUUCCUCUCCUGUGUUCGAAGCAGUAGUCUUCUUACCAACGUACUCUGGUUCUGUUAUAACCACAGUCACAGCUGCAGACGGAGACUCCCAACCUCUCACUAGCCUUACAUACUCAAUUGCCACGCCAUCUCUCACGCACAUCUUUGAUAUUUCCCCAAGACAAGGUGUUAUAACCGUGAAAAACUCUUCACUCAUACAUCAAGCAGUUUAUCACGUUCAAGUCUCUGUUUCGGAUGGAAACUUUAGUAAUCAAGCCACUGUGAAUAUUGAAUGUAAACCGCUGCCAGUCAGUGAUCUUCAGUUCAGUCAGAUGGAGUACAACGCGUCAAUUGUAGAAGGAAUCAGUACAGCUGCCGACAUCGUUCAACUGCAGACUGUAGGCUACUCAAUCGGCGACACCAUUACCUACUCAGUCGUUGUUCCAUCGCAUUUCUUCGUCAUCUCCGAAAGUACAGGCAUCGUGUCGACGUUGCCAGGAAAAACGUUUGAUCGAGAGACAACAGAUCGAUAUGAAAUCGUUGUCCAAGCUCGGGACGACAGAAAACCAAUGCCUCGAGUAGCUCAGAGUCUGUUGUACGUGAUUGUGGAUGAUGUAAACGACAAUGCACCGAUUUUUACCAAAGAUGUGUAUUUCUUCGUGAUCCAAGUUAGUGCAGAUGUCGGAGCAUUUGUGGGACAGGUCCAGGCAAGCGACAAGGAUAUCGGCAGCAACGGUGCCAUCAAGUACUUUCUCAAAGGAGGAGGGGAAGGCCGUUUCGAGGUCCGCUAUGCCACUGGAAACAUUGAAGUCAGCAGGUUGUUAGAUGGCAUAAUAGUUCCCUCUGUCUUUACUCUUGAAAUUGAAGCGCGAGAUGAAGGCGUGGUACGAAUGAGUGCCAAAACUAUUGUGAAGAUCAAGGUCGUGGAUAAAGAAACACCUAUAUUCGACUACUUGAGUUACAGCAAGGUGGUAAGAGAAGAUGUGAAUGUUGGUGAGGAAAUUACCCGAGUACAAGCCAGAAGUCCUGGUGGUGCAGAUAUCUUGUAUACAAUCUUGGCUGGAGAUCCAUAUAAUCAGUUCGCCAUUGAUUUAAAAACAGGAGUUCUGACGGUAGAAUCCUCUCUGGACUACGAGGUUCGGACUAGCUACCAGCUUCUUGUGCGUGCUACUGACGAAUCGACGACGUCUUACGGAGAAAUCACAGUGCUUAUCACCAUCACUGAUGUCAAUGACAUCGCUCCACUGUUUAACCAAUCACUGUAUCUGGCGACUAUUCCUGAAGACACUCCGACUGGUACCUCGGUGGUUUCCUUCACAGCGUUCGAUAGAGACUCGGGAGUUAAUAAGCAGCUAAGUUACCGACUGGAAACAUUGAAUUCCCAUAAUGAUAGCAAAACAAGUGAGUUCUUCGUCAUCAGCCAGGCAACAAGUCAAAUAGUAGUUGCGAAGAGACUGGAUUACGAACAGAAUAUAGUCCAUGAAUUGAAACUGAUCGUUACAGACGGUGGGACUCCCCCGCUGACUGGAGAGGCUCGUGUGCGCAUUGUGGUCGAAGACGCAAAUGAUAACCCGCCCAGUUUUGAACAGAACAGCUACGCCACGUCCAUUUCAGGCAGUGCAGGGCCUGGAUUCUUUGUUACACGCGUGAUAGCCAGUGACCCGGAUGACGAUGACGUUGGCAAGCUACGUUACUUGAUUAAAGCCGGACACGGAAAAGAAUAUUUCGAAAUAGAUUCAACGUCCGGUGUUCUGACCAUCUCAAAGCAUGUCGGUUUUGAACGCGGUAAGGUGUAUGACCUUAGUGUUGAGGUAACGGACGGGAAAUCAUCAGCGGUGACCAGUGUACGGGUGGUGAUCGGCGACACUAACGAUCACAGUCCAGUAUUCGAUCAAGAAGUCUACCCUGUGGACUUCUACGAGAAUUAUCCACCAGGAACAUUUGUCACCAUGGUUACUGCUACCGAUUUAGACUCUGGUGAUUACGCCCGUGUCAGGUAUUCCAUUGACGACGUAGACGCCGCUGAGAAGUUCAUGAUUGAUGGCGAAACAGGAAUGAUUUACAGUAAGAUUAGUUUUGAUCGCGAGAAUUCAUCAGAAGCUUUUUCGUCAAUUCCCGUUCGAGCCUCUGAUGGAGGAGGACGGUUUGGGUUCUGCACUGUACAGGUUAACGUCCUUGAUGAGAAUGAUAACCAACCAAAGUUUGAGCUUCCGCUGUACGAGGUGACAAUCCACAGUUCAACCCCAGUUGGAACUUCCAUCUUGAUGACGUCAGCAAAUGACGCUGACACCGGAAGUAAUGGUGCCUUAUCAUACGUCAUCCUUGGUCACCAGACCCCACCCGUGUUUGAAGUCGAAAAGGACUCGGGAUUCAUAAAAAUUUCUCGGCAGCCCGAAACGAAGACCUACAUGUUCCACGUAUUAGUCAAAGACGGCGGAUUUCCAUAUUUACGUAACACGGUGAAAGUGUCGGUGAACGUGCUAAGGAAGAACGCCAAGAUUUUACAAUUUGAAAAGUCAGUGUACAGAAUCCUUGUGCCCGAAGACCUGAACACCGACGGUAUCAUAACGACUUUAAGAACCUUACUUCCAGGCAGCACACGUCCACGAGUUGGGUUCCAAAUAAUUCCUGGGAAUUCGCCAUCAUCGAAGGGAGAUCACUUCAGUAUUGAUGCUAGCGGUCAGAUUAAACUCAAGCGGCGUUUGGAUUACGAGACAUUGAAAAGAUACGUUUUAGUCAUCGAGGCUAAUUCCUCAGAAAUAUCUCAAGUCGCACGAACUGUGGUAAUUGUGUCAGUGACAGACGUGAAUGAUAACAAGCCUCAUUUCGUGGCCAAUCCUUACAGGGUCAGUAUCCCAGAAAAUAUGAUGGUCAAAUCAAAGGUCUUGAGAGUUUUUGCCGAGGAUUUAGACGACUUCCAAAAUGGAAAAAUAUUGUACGAUUUUGGAACUAAAACAAAUUUGUUUGCUAUUGAUCAGCACACUGGCUGGAUAACAACAGCAGCACCAAUCGAUCGCGAAGUCGCAAACUCUCUUGUGCUGAGAGUCCGCGCCACCGACAAAGGCGAGGUCACACAGCUGUCAGGUUAUACAGUCGUUGAAGUGACUGUGCUGGAUGUUAAUGACUCCCCACCUCAGUUCACUGAGGACAUCUUCACAUUUUCUGUUCGAGAGGACGCCCUAAUUGGUCAAGAAGUCGGCACAUUAACAUCUUUUGACAACGAUACCAAUUCUGAUGUAUACUUCUUUAUCAUGUCUGGCGAUCCUCAAACUAAAUUUGGAAUCGAGCAAAAGACUGGCAAAGUCUUCGUGCACUCUCCACUGGAUCGUGAAUCCGUAUCGUCCUACAAGCUGAAUGUAAGCUGCUCAGAUGGUCUUUUCACCAGCUUCACUACUUUGAUUAUCACAGUCCUUGAUGCUAAUGACAAUGUGCCAGUAUGUACCCAGUCAAUUUCUAUUGUUCAUCUCAGCGAGGACGUGAAGCCUGGUACUGAGGUAAUGAUAGUGGAGGCCACUGACGCGGACGCUGAUGAUAAUGGCAAGUUGAGGUAUUCCGUGUUUGGACAAGGAAUGGGUUUCUUUGGAGUUGAAAACGGAACUGGUCGUCUUGUAACUGCCAAGUUAUUAGACCGCGAGGUACAGGAAAUGUACAAUUUCAUGGUGUCAGCGGAGGAUCGCGGAGGACAGGCGUGUUUUAGUAACAUAACGGUCCUUCUUGACGAUGUGAAUGACAAUGGACCUGUUUUUAGUCAGUCAGAAUACCGAAAGGCUGUAUACGAGGACGCCCGUAGAAAUAAAGUGCUUCUGCAGGUGAGGGCAGACGAUUCCGACUUGGGAAAGAACAGGAAGAUCUCAUAUUCUUUAUUGGACACGGCAGGCGAUACGUUCAGUGUUGACUCCGAGACCGGUGUGAUAACGCUUACGAGCGAUCUUAAUAGAGAGAAGCAAGCGGAGUACGUGUUGACCGUGCAGGCCGAAGACGCAGGUGUCCCCCCUCAGUCAGAAACGUGCAAUGUAGUGAUUCAGGUUUUGAAUAUAAACGAUGUUCCUCCGGAGUUUGACAAAUCCAGCUACAAAGCCAAUGUGAGCGAAGAUGCUGCAAAAGGUACGAAGAUAACAAAAAUGAAGGCCAUCAGCCGAGAGGCUGGACACGAAGAGUUCUCCUACGAGAUUCUGAAAGGUCCAGAUUCAGACAUCUUUAAAAUUGACAAGAAAACAGGAGAUGUUACUUUGGAAGGAAACCUGGAUUUUGAAACAAGGAAGAGUUAUUCGUUGACAAUUCAGGCGAGUGAUGUUGGUCCGCCAGUCCUGACUACAACUUGUUCACUGAGUGUGUUAGUCACUGAUGCUAAUGAUCACGUCCCUAAGUUUGGACAAGAUCUUUACACCGCUAGAGUGGACGAGAACUCUGAUUUGGAUUCGUUUGUACUUCAAAUGUUCGCCACAGACCUUGAUAGCGGUUCCAACCGAGAUAUCCGUUAUUCCAUCGUGAAAGGAAACGAUGCAGAUAAGUUCAAAAUUGAUGACAUCACUGGCGUAAUCAGCAUCAAGGCGCAUGUCGAUCAUGAAUCUGUCUCUCAGUACGCUCUAACAGUGCGUGCUCAGGAUAAGGGGAUACCUCCUUUGUCAGCAGAGACCCAAGUUGAACUUAGCAUCAACGACCUGAAUGACAACCCGCCUGAAUUCACUAACACAAAUUUUACUGUCUCUGUCAGUGAGUUAGCCGCCAUAGGUACUACUGUCAUCUUUUUACGGCCUCAUGACCGUGAUGGUCCUGGCAAUAAAGGUCCAUUUACUUUCAUGAAAAUUAAAGGCGACGAAACGAAGUUUAAACUGGAAAGGGACGGUCUGAUAACCAAAGCAGGACCUUUGGAUCAUAGAGAUAAGGAACACAAAUUCGAGAUCCGCGUGUUCGACAGUGGCGAGCCACCGAUGUACACGGACAAGACACUCACUAUCAUUGUAGUUGAAGGCAUUUCGCAUCCUCCAGUCGUGGAGCCGCUAACCGUUUACCUCAAAUUGUAUAGUUCGCAGUUUAACGGUGGUGUCAUCGGAAGUGUCAAAGGAACUGAUGCCGAUGGGGACCCUCUGACGUAUUCGAUUGUUGCGCCUCGUUCUGGUAGCCCCUUCACGAUAACAAACAGUGGAGUGAUCAGUGCCACUUCUAACGUUCCAAGUCGAAUCUACAAUCUGAAUGCCAGUGUAUCCGAUGGCAAGUACCUCACUUAUGUUCCAGUGAAAAUUGUUGUGUCAGAUAUAACUGAAGACAUCCUGCGACAUUCCCUGACUCUGCGCCUGUCGGCUCUUAGCCCGGGAACAUUCGUGGAGAGGAACCUGGGCAAGUGCAGAGACUACUUGGGAUUCCUGCUUAAUGUUCCUGCUGAGAAUGUCCAUAUAUGGAGCCUGCAAUCUUCUGACACAAGUUUGGAUGUUGUAUUCGCUGUUAUGAAGCGAGUCAAGGGUUUCUACGCAUCUCAGCACAUCGCACACAAGCUGAAUUCUUCCCGUGGUGACUUCCAGAGAGUUGUAGGAGUCCAAGUAGGGUACAUUGGUGUCAGCCAAUGCCCUCUAAUGCACUGCCCCGAAAACUACUCAUGUCAGACGGUCUAUAAACCACAGAACAAGCAAAUAAGAAUCAUGUCUGAAAGAACCACUUACACUUCUUAUGAACACAGCAGAAGUCAUGCUUGUAUGUGUAACCGCGACGCUGGCUGCGCAAGUGGUAAGUGUGCGUCCAAUCCGUGUCCUGCUGGUUAUGAGUGCGCCGACUUUCCCUUGGGGUUCCAGUGUAAGUGCGUUGAUUCAUCCAAGUGUCAACCUGACAAACCGGGCUGCGAAGAUCAAUCCUGCAUAAUAGGUAAUAAUGCCAUAUCGUUUGGAGGUGAUAGUUACAUCCGCUAUAAAUUGAAGCAGUCAUUCGAUGAACCAAGCCGCUCUAUUAGUCUUGCUCUCAAGACCACUGAACCUCGAGGAACACUAGUGUGGGCCGCUGGACAGUAUGACUACAGUAUUCUAGAGAUUGUGAACGGCCGUCUUCAGUUACGCUUUGAUUUUGGCAGUGGGGCCGGGGUUGUAAACUUAGACUGGGCCCGAGUGGACGAUGGUAAAUGGCAUCACGUGGCAAUCAUGCGGCAAGGUAACCACGCCACUUUAAUUCUGGAUCAGGGUCGUCACCGCGCCUGGAACAAAUCUCCUGGGAAGAUGAGAAUACUGAAUCUUGAUGAUAACGCGAUUUACUUCGGCGCCAAAGUUGUUAAAUCAAAGAGUAGGAGGGAUCUCAACAAUCGAGGUCAUUUAGUCGAGGAUGGCUUCAAAGGUUGUCUUCAAAAUUUGAAUUUGAACAACCAGGACCUGCCCAUGUCUGGCUCAAACAGUUACGUAGCUGCCGAACCAUUUAAUGCGGUACCUGGCUGUCAGUUAUCAGGUGGAUGCCGCAUCAACACCUGUCCACGUGACAGCACAUGCAUAGAGACCCUGACAUCGAAGAAGUGCGAGUGUCUGCCUGGUCAUUCAGGUUCAGAUUGCCGUGCAUUUGUGGACUGUGGUGCCAAGCCUUGUCAGAAUGGUGGGACAUGCGUCCCUCAUCCAACAGACCAAUACCAGUGUAGAUGCAAAGACGGUUACUCAGGUACACAAUGUCACAUCUACACUGGUCAUUGCGCCAGUGCGCCUUGCAGAAAUGGCGGAAGCUGCAUUCCAAGCGGCGAGAGUGGCUUUAUUUGCACAUGCCCAGCGGGAGUUCAAGGAAAGACUUGCGAGCAAGACACAAGGCCCUGUUCGUCUAACCCAUGCGCAAACAACGCGAAUUGCACCAACCAUGGUGAAUCUUACAAAUGUCAUUGUCGCGCUGGCUUUUCUGGGGAGAUUUGUGAUGAAGGGUAUCGCUGCAGUAAAGAUUCCCAUUGCCAAAACGGAGGGACAUGCCAAGAAAACCAGAAGAAUAGUGCUGCAGUCUGCCGUUGCCUUCAGGGUUAUACGGGGGCUGAUUGUUCUGAAGAUGUUGAUGAGUGUGCCAGUUCCCCUUGCAAAAAUGGAGGCGUGUGUGUGAACCAAUUGGGAAACUUUGCAUGUAACUGUUCUGCAAGCUCUCAUGGUGGAAAACUUUGUGAGCUAGUGCUCACUAGUAUUGAGGCCCGACGCGGCUGGCCAUUGGGACAGACAGAAAUCAUUGGAAUUGCUGUAGUGCUCGCAGUUAUUCUGCUCAUUGUAUUCCUUGUUGUAAUUUUCCUUCGACGUCGAGCCAAACGAAGACGAGAAAAGCGUGAACAAGCUGGAGCUGUUAGCACGUCGGUUUUGAAGGUCUCCCCACCCGUGGUAGGCUCAGAAGUCACAUCUCCAGAGCCUCCCACUCCUCCCCCAAGGGAAGUCCAUGGUUACAAUGUAGAUGAUCUCGGUAUGCCUCCUGGGUACGAUGCGGAGGACUCUUGGCGCAGGCGUGAGAAAGUUCGAAAGGAUUUCGGGACCAUGAAAACGUUGACUUCUUUAUCUGAUAACAAUCUACCUGGCUACCAGUGGGACUACACGGACAUCCCUGCUGACCUAGUUCCUAGGACUCCCUUGUCAAAAGAACAUUCAGGUAGCUAUAGUGGUUCCCCGGACUGUGCAACGUUUGCUCCGGAAGUACCACAGAGGCCGUCAAGUUUUAGAUCUUCACAGGGUUCUCUUGAUGUGCCGGAGGUUCCUAAGAGGCCAAGGAAUUAUAGAGUAUCAGAAUCAGAGGACGGAUACACAGACGUCCCGCAUGUUCCUAAAAAGCCCAUGGAAUACACAAAUCCUAAGGGUAAAUCAGCCUCACGGUACUCCAUGGACUCCCGCUUCUCUGAAUUCUCAGAUGCCACAGAUCUUGAUCCAGACAUCUUUAAAGGGCGAUUCCCACGCCCUCCAAGAGAGCCUUAUCCAGAAAGUCUGGACCAACUUCCCGUGGGAUCAUACGCGCCAACACUUACAGCGCGGGGCUCGGAGCUGGGAAGUGUCACGGACGGAAUGUACUCAGAGGACGAUCUGGAGCAGGUUUAUCUUGGGAAUCGAAUGGAGGUGUGCGAUGAUUCACCGGAGAAUUCCUACCUGCACUCCGAGAAUUGCUCAGAAGAUGAAGAUGAUGAUUACCAUCGUGACAGAUACGCCCGCGCGGCUACACCCGACCCAGAGUUCCACAAAGAAUUACAAAGAGAGAUCAAGGAGAUGAUGAACGAGCUAGAAGAGCUAAAGUUAGAAUCUGAAAUCUGACAGACUAAAAACUAAUAUUUGAUUAUCGUAGUUGAUGAACCUCUGUCUUGGAAGUUUUAA